CGCUGGACUGAACUAGCGAACUGAUGAAUUAUUUUAUUUUAAAUUUUACACUACAGAACAGUAUAUAACUUAGUAUUGGAGUAUCCUUAGUUUCUAUUAAUAUUCUGGUACUGUUAUAGGCUAGUAUUAUUUGUUUAAAGAAGAUUUCAAUUCACUCUUGUUAUUUUUUAAGUAGAUUUUUACAAGACCUUUAAGGAAAAUGGCUGAAGGAAAUGAUGGCAUGAUUGAAGGGUUUUUAUGCCCCAUGUGCAUCAGCAAAGGUGACUUUGGAACAGCCAUCAAACUUAUGACUCAUUUUCAAGAAGAGCAUUCUGGUGAACAAGAUUUACUAAGGUCAUUUAAAGAGCUCUUUGGGAAAGCUAAGAAGAAAAUAUUGAAACAAGAUGAUUUUGCCGAUUAUAAUUUCACUAGCAGACUUCAGUCACCUACUGGAAAUGUGGAAUGGGAAGAUCAAGAACUAGGUACUACAAUGAGUCAUUUCUCUUCUUUUGAGAAGAUAAGAGCUGCUAGAUUACAAAGGUUCUCAAUUCCUGUUAAUCAGUUGCUUAUUAGAUUGGACAAACUGUUGGAAGGCAUGCCUCGAGAUCCUGCCAAGAAAAAAGCACACGAGCAGAACAAAGUCCCCUGGUUGGACGGCAGCGCUGUGCCUCGGUGCCCGAGCUGUACUCGGUCGUUCCACCUGGCUCGUAGACAGCACCACUGUAGAUUGUGUGGAGCCAUCUUGUGUGACGAGUGCAGCUCUUUCCUGCCUCUGCAAGCCGGCUACAAACUCCUUGACAAACCUCAACCUCAGGACUUAGAAGGAACGGAUUUAACUCUGCGCAUCUGUAAUAUUUGUCUAGAGCUGUUGGAAAGUAGACAACAACAAAAGGAUAUGAUCACAUCAAAACCAAUAAUUUCUCAGUUUUAUGAAAGACUUUUAGACCACAGAAAACAGGCGGACCAGGAUUUGGAUAUGUAUUUCAAAAUGGCUAAUUCCCUCAGGGAAGGAGAAUCCACAUACAAUAUGAAUGAUGCUCAAACAUUAAGGAUGAAAAUAAUACGCCUUGCAGAGAACAUCGACAGCCUUAGUGGGAAGAUUGCAGUUUUAGGAACCAAAGACACAGAAAACCCGCCUCAAGGUCAAGCUUUAGCUUUACAAAAAGCCAUCAGAUCAGCUGCUACAGGCUACUUGCGGACAAAACUACUUACACUUCCUACCUUGCCUACAGAGGAGGAACUGGCGAAAAUCAGAGAAACAAAGAGACAAGAAGUUAUGGCCAGACUUCAAGAAGAAAAAUUGCGAGAAGCGCAAUUCAAUCAGGUCGUAAAUCAGAGUUCUCCCCAUCAUAGACGGUCGGUGUCCGGGGAUUCAAAUAUUGAUAAGAGUUUUAGCGUGGGAGAAGGUUGGGUGCCAUCAGAGAAGAUGCAAAAUUUCCGUACAGACGAUCCUUUGAUUCAACAAAUCAAUAUCAUCCAAAACUACAUCAAAGAAGCAAGAAAAGCUCACAGGUAUGAUGAAGUCGCUAGUCUCGAGGCAAAUCUGAGUGAACUUAGACAGGAGUGGUGGCGAAAUCUCCAGGAACAGGAGCUAAGGAAACAAGCAGAAGAGAGCGGAACAGGCUCGGUUACUUCAGAUGAAGUAGAACAAACGUCCUCAUAAAACUGACUAGCAAAUAUAGACUGUGAUUUUUAUUUCAUUCUACAAAGCUGUAUUCAUAUUUCUUUUUAUACUAUAAUCGUUUUAAGUUAUAAGCUUCUAUUUUUUGUAUAUUAAACAUAUCUUGUUAGAAGUGA